CUAUUGGCCGUGAGUGAAUGAGCUGUGAUUUGCGAAGAUGCCUGGCAGCGGUUCCAAGCCAUCAAUUGCAAAGUCUGCCAAAGAGGAGACUCUCAAGGCCUUGCCAAAAGACUCCCCCAAGACAGCAUCUCAGCCACAAGGAUGGAAAUGCCCAAGAAGCUAUCCACAGCUCCAUCCUGGUCUGGAGGGGCACCUUUACACUAGACCCAGCCGUUUGGGCUAUGCAAGGUCGCAGAUGACGGACGCCGAGAGAAACACGAUGGCUAGGUGGAAGCAUGCUGAGCUUGUUGUGGGCACGAAGCAGUGGUAUGAAGCCAAUGCUAUGAGUUACAAGCGCCAUGCUUUGCAUGCUGGCAGAGAUGAGUGGGUGCCUUCUGCAAGCGGCGCUGUGCAUGGGAAUCUCUCCCUGUCCGGUGCACCUCGCUGGCCAGACACUAGACACAGUUCCCAGGGCCCCUUCACUGCCAAGGCCUCGCUGUACCUGCAGCCACGCAAAGGCCAGGAAAAUCUGCUGGCAUUGAAUGGCAGUCAGAGCUUGCCCAGUCUCGAAAUCGCACAGAGUCCUUAUCCACCGUCUCCUGCCUUCAUCCGAGACUUCAUGCGGCGAGUUUGCUCGCAAGAAUCGCAGUAGGACGCAUAGCAGCCCGAAAUCUGUGACCCAAAGGGUUUGCAGAGUGUCACCUCUGACAUGGACUCCUGUGGGGCGCGGUCAG